AUGCGCGUCGAGCUCCAGGGCACGACUGUCAAGGAGGACUCUGAGAUGUCGCAUAUCGACAGAUGGUACAAUAGACACGGUGCCACGUACAUGAACGACGGGCUGCUUGGAUCUAUCCCUGCGUGUACUCUCAAUGGUAAACUUCCAAGAUUGGGCAUUGUCAGGUUCGGGGUUCAUGAGCAGAGAGACUUCGACAUCAGGAGCCAGGGUGAGUGGGUGGCUGAAGGCCAAUCUUCCAAAAUUGAGAGCCGUUUCUGGGUUAGAAAAGCCCUAUCUGCGUCGGACUCGACACAUGGGCUGGUUGCAAACAGCAUGUCCGCGGACAACCUCUUGGAAACGGCUGCUGUCGGUAUUGAUGAUGAAGCGGUCUGA